AUGGACAACUACCGCACCAUCAACAUCGACGUCCUCGACCCGGAGUCCUCCUCCAACUUCCCCAUGGAAACCCUCCUCCCCGGCACCCUCCCCCCGGCGCUCUCCUCCUCCGACGCCGCGGGCGUCGCCGGCCAAGUGCGCCAGAUGCUGCGCGGCGGGGACCCCGAGGGCGCGAUGCGGUACGUUCUGGACACGGCGCCGUUGGGCGGAGACGAUCGCGCAAAAGAGGUACACAUGGCGAGUGUCGUAGAGGUGUUGCAGGGAAUUCGGCAGGGGGAGAUGACGAGGGUUCUUGAGGGGGUUAUUGGGGGUGAGGGGGGGUCAGAGAGGGCGGAUUGCUUGAUGAAGUAUCUGUACAAGGGAUUGGCAUCGCCUGGAUCGAGCGGUGGUUCUCAGUCGCCGCGGAAGCUCUCUCCGCAGAGUACCGGGGGAGGAUUCUCGCAGAUUCAGACUCGGAAUUUCGGCGAGGGUGGUGGUGGUCAGCAGAUGAGCGUGCUGUUGAACUGGCACGAGAAGCUCGUUGAACUUACCGGGCCUGGUGCAAUUGUUCGUGUCAUGACAGACCGGAGAACUGUCUAA